AUGUUUGGCAGAGUCUGGCGCUUCUUCCGAAAUCCUGGUACUCGCAGAAAUACAGUACAAUUACCCCAACACGGUGACAACUCUUCAGAGAAUACGCCGUCGCAAAGUGGCUGGCCUCUUGUUAGUGGCACAUACCCUGAAGAGCAGCCAGGACAUCAAACGGUGAUAAAGUUUCUUUCACACAGCAACAAAGCCAAGAUGAAGAUAUUCUAUUCCGCACUAGAGGCAGCUUAUGACAAGUGCGUUCAAGAGUCCAUUGACCAAGCGCAGCCUCUCGGUUCUGUCAACUGGACAGAAGUUCUAUUCAUGGCUCCCAGCGGGAAAGCGGUCAGCUUGAAAGAAGCUGAAGACUUUGCAGUUGAGUUGGAAAUGGAGGACCUGCUUAAAGAUGGACAUGAAGACAAGCUAGCUUCGGAGUGGAUAGCGAAAGCUAGUGCUCGAGGUUGGAUUUAA